AUGAUGCUGUCAUCGUCUAAAGAUUUUGAAACUUUGAUAUCUAAAUGUAAAGAAGAACGAGUAGUGUACUCAUGGUAUGCUGCCUUCUAUGUUUGUUGUUAUUCUUAUUGCGGUAUAUGGUGUGUUUUGUUUUCAUUUUUAAAAAUGUCAAGUAGUAGUGUUUUCUUAGUUUCAGUGUUUGGGCAGAUUGAAAGUGGAAACUUUUAUGGCAUUAAUGAUAUUUACUGUAAAUACUGCUUCACGUUUGGCCCGGAUUGGGUUGUUACAUCUGGGAUAGAAGAAGGUGUUUCACAGAUUGCAAAAGGAUACCAGCAGAAAUUUGCAUGGAAUUUUCCUUUGGAAAUCACUUUUAAGAGUACAAACCCGCAUGGAUGGCCGCAGCUUAUUGUGAGUGUUUAUGGUUUGGAUGUUUUUGGCAAUGAUGUGGUAAGAGGUUACGGAUUGUGCCAUGUUCCGAUUUCACCAGGACAGCAUAAGAAAAUACUGCCCAUGUUUGUGCCAGAGACAUCGUCACUUCUCCAGAAGCUAACUUGUUGGCUGACAGGUCGCAGGCCUGAGUACAUUGACUCCCGUGUUCUGGCGCGAGGCGAAGGAAGGCAAGUGACACGUGUUCGAUCACAUGGAUCUGUGGAAGUUAACUUCAACGUCGUCGUUCGAAAUAUGUCGCACAUGGGUUAUGACUUUGUCAACAAAACUGCUUGAAGAUUUUUGUCGCUACAGCAUACAACACUGUAACUGUUUUUUGGAUAACCUGAUUAGUGCUGAAUUUUUUUUUUGUGAUACGAUUUGUAAGUUAUUUAUAUAUUGUGAUAAUAAAAGAAUUAUCUGUA